AGUUUGGGGGCGGUGAUCUGUAUGUCUGCAGACACUUGCGCUGCUCAAGGAGCUGGACUGCGGAUGUCGUAGUUGAAGGUGAAUCUACCAGGUGUGAUGAUGCAGGAAUACACAAAGGCAGCGAAAGAGUUUGUGGAAGAGCACCCAACAGGCGUCACAGCUGUCCUGGUCACGGGUGUCGGUCUCUUUGCCCUGCGGAGAUGGAUGGCUGGUGGAGUCUGCCGCAGCAAAGCGCGCUUGGACGGCAAAACUGUCCUGAUAACGGGAGCCAACACUGGGAUCGGUAAAGAGACUGCGGUGGACAUGGCCAAGAGAGGUGCAAGGGUGAUUCUGGCUUGCAGAGACAUGGGCAGAGCCACCAAAGCAGCGGAUGAGAUCAGGAAGAGGAGCGGAAAUGGCAACGUGGUUGUGAAGAUGCUUGAUCUGGCCUCCUUGCAGUCUGUCCGAGCUCUGGCCAAAGAUGUAGAGCAGACUGAGGAGAGAUUGGAUAUUCUCAUUAAUAACGCUGGGAUAAUGAUGUGCCCACAGUGGCAGACAGAAGAUGGCUUUGAGAUGCAGUUUGGGGUGAACCACCUGGGCCAUUUCCUGCUUACCAACUUACUUCUGGACUUGUUAAAGAAAUCAACACCCAGCCGUGUUGUCAAUGUUUCUAGCUUGGCCCAUGAGAAAGGCAAGAUUUAUUUUGAUGAUAUAAACCUGGAGAAAGACUAUGAUCCAUACAGAAGCUAUCGACAGAGCAAGCUGGCCAAUGUUUUGUUUACCCGUGAACUAGCUGUCAGGUUGAAAGGUACAGGAGUGACAACUUACUCUCUCCAUCCUGGGGUGAUCCAUACUGAACUCGGCCGACACUUUUUACCCACUCUGCCUCUGUGGAAGAGGCUUUUGUUCUUGCCCUUUUUUUUCUUUGUCAAAACACCUUGGCAGGGUGCACAGACCACCAUCUACUGUGCAGUGGAUGAGAGUCUGCAGAAGACCAGUGGGCUUUACUACAGUGAUUGUGCACCCAAAGAGGCGGCUCCUCAGGGUAGGGAUGACGCUGCAGCCCGCAGACUGUGGGAUCUCAGUGCUUCCAUGGUGGGCCUGGCUUGAGACAACAUCUUGUCCAUUGAAAAUCACUCUCUUCAUUUAAAAAAACGUGUGUCACCUUUUCCUAUCUAGAUUUUACUUUCCAAAUUUUCAGAUUUUCAUUAAAUCCUCUUACUUUAUAUAAAGAACAAAGAGCCUGUUUGAUUAAGAAUGUAGGAAACUCGUCCUGUUUCAAUGUGCAGGAUGGUGCCUCUGCAAUAAGAUAAACUGCAAUAUGAAGUGUAAAUUUAAGCAUUAAAUAAUUUAUGAGAUUUUAAUGCUAUUAGCCAUAUUGUGCCUAGCUAUAUAACUUAGACAUUUGAUAUACCUUCUAAAUACAAAUUUCAUUGCUAAUGCUUGUGUAAUUUGAUACCAUGUAUCACAAUAAAUCUAUGCAUAACAUGAAUGUAGGUCAACAAAGCCUAUGUUUGAAUGAUGAAAUAAAGUCAUUGAAUUGUA